AUCCACGUCGUGUCCAAUUCAUACUCCAACCAAGGAGCCUAGCGAGUCAGUAUAAAUACCAAAGUAAAAUUAAAAAAACCUCAGCGUUACUCAAACAAUAUCCAAUAGGCGGUGCCAUUGAGAUUUUGUGUAUUGGGAAUUUACGUUUAUUGGACCGUUUAAUUUGUGAUUCACAUUAAUUUCUGAAGCACCAGAGUUUAGGUUCAGUCUUCUGAAUGUGGUUAGAGUUGUUUGUUUGUUUGUUUGUCGAGUAAGGGUUUUGCUUUGGGUUAUGGCUGAAUCAUCGGCGUGUCUUGUUCGAUCCUUCUCCACUCCCGCAGAGGCUACUUGUUGCGACGGUAACCCUAUUCGUGCGCUUGGAGAAUCUAUCUCUUUUGGGAGGUUUAUGACAGAAGGCCUGGAUUGGGAGAAAUGGUCAACAUUUUCACACAAUCGCUAUGUAGAAGAAGCUGAGAAAUAUUCCAAGCCGGGUUCUGUUGCCGCGAAGAAAGCCUACUUUGAGGCUCAUUACAAGAGAGCAGCUGCAGAGAGAGCAGCUGCAUUGAUCCCAGAAGCAAAUGCUCAGGCUAAUGGAACUUUUGAGGCACAAGUUCACGAAGGAAACUGUGCCGAUUCAUCCUUUGGGACGAGUUCAAAUGUGGCAAAUGUUGUGGCCGCCAAUGAACAGCUGGAUAAUGAAACUGCUAAUUACCAAGUUGUUGAAUGUGCUGAUACUGACCAACAUAAAUGUGAUGCCGGACAAAGUCAUUUGGACAUUUCCAAUGUGAAAGGAGCAGAGGAUGUGCCACAUCCUCGCACUGAUACAGAUCUUAACGUGGAAAGUUGCACAUUUGUUGCUAAUUCUUAUUCUAACCAGCUUCAUCAUGUUGAGGACAAUACAUAUAUUGCUGUCCCUGCAGAAGAGAAGACACCUGAUCAUGGUGCUGUUGGUCAGGAAGUUUUAACUUUGUCUGUCAAGGGAAGAGAAGCAAACUCUUCUCCGAAAUUAUCAACCAAAACUGUGGUUGCCAAACAUUCUCGUUCUCUUGAUGAAAGGAAGGCUGCUGUGCUACCCAGAAGCGGAAUAAACAGUGGUCCAAAAGUUAAGAAGUCUGUUGGAGACUCAGUUGAGAAGAAGAGACUAAUUGCACAGUCAGUCCGCAUGUCAAUCAAUCUUCCAUCUGGCAGCGGUGAAACACGCAAAAGAACUGCCACUGCUUCACAGUCCAGAAAUGGCACAAACAAUUUUUCAACAAGUAAGAAGUCUGUUAGAGGGUUGGUUGAGAAGAAAAGAAUAACUGCACCAUCACUUCGCAUGUCAAUCAAUCUCCCAUCUGGUGCCGGUAUGACAAGCAAAACAGAUACUGUAGCUGCUAAACCCAGAAAUGGAAUAAACUUUGCUGCAAAAAGUAUGAAAUCUGUUGGAAACUCAGUGGAGAAGAGACCAACUAAAAGGUCACUCCACAUGUCAAUCAAUCUGCCUUCUGGUGCAGGUGAAACAAGUAAAACAGCUUCAGUGUUGGAACAGAACGGAAUUAAAAAAAAUCAUUCUAACAUUUCCAAAAAUAAUCCAGGGGUGUUGCAGACAUCCACUAAGGUAUCUCAUGGUUUGCUAAAUCAAGCUUCAGCAAAUCCCCCUUCUCAGGGUAGAAGGACUGAAAGACCACUUAAUAAGUCUGUAUCUGGAGCUCUUACAGCAAAUGCAAAACCUUCCUCCUCCAUUUCUUUUGACUGCCUGAAAUCUUCAGGCCCCACCAAAAGCAACCCCCAAUCAGCUACCAUAUCUACACCUUUUAGAUUCAGAAGUGAAGAAAGAGCAGUUAAACGCAAAGAGUUCUUGCAGAGGAUGGAUGAAACUAAAUCCAAGGAAGAAGAGAAAGUUAAGUUGCAACGGACUCUCAAGGGUAAAACAGAGCAUGAUCACAAGAAGCUGCGGCAGCGCAGUGGCUCUAUAUCCAAACUAAACGAAGACAAGCCUGGUGGAUCACAAUCUCCAAGCAAUCAGACUAGAAAGAUCUCACUUACACUGCCCCAGUCACCAAAACUUGGGAGGAAAGCGAGUUCUAGUUCUAGCACAGUUCAGGACAGAAGCUUAGGAAAUUCAUGGAAGCCUCCUAUCAGCACCUCCAAACGUACUGCAGAAAAAAACUACCGAACAGCAUGGCGACCAGUAACUUCAUCAUCAAAUACCACAAGAGAAAAUGCUUCACCAAAUAUUCAGCAAUGAGAACAAGGAGCAUCUGACUGUGCCUGUGAUUUGAAGAAAAAGCUGUCGAAGAGACUAAAACACUAGUGGUGUUUAGACAGCCUCAAAUACCCCGAUGUGUUUUCACAUUUAGAAGGAAAAUUUUGUAGUCUUUGUUAGUUAUAUCUAGGACUCAAUAAGUUUUGACCUAGGAGCAUUAACAUAUAUGUUAAACCCUAAGUUUGUAAAAAAAUAGGUUUAGGCUAUAUACGUAAAGAUAGAUAGGACUUGUAUACCUUUAGUUGCAUACAACUUUGUGAUUCGCCACUUUGUUACGAACCAUUCAAAUAUUAAGUGUCGAGGACAUUAAUAUAUUUUUUC